AUGAUUUCACAAAGAAUGAUUGUUGUCAGUCUAUUACUUAUUGUAUUUACAUUGAUUUUACAAACGAUUAAUGGUCAACCGAUCUUGGCUGUUGAUGAUGCUGUCGUGAGUUUUGAUCCCGAACGAGAACAACGAUCGUUGACUGAAAAUAACGGUGCGCUUCGUGUAAAACGUGACGAUACUAAUAAUAACAAUAUUUUAUCUCUUCUAUCACCGUUAAACUCUCUUUCUCUUAAUGAUGUUGUUGAUAGUGAUGUUCAUAAUUUAAUACAAUCACAUGAGAAUAAACCAUCAAAUUUUUUUAAAUCCACAGGCUCUUCAAGACAACUUCGAUUAAAUAAAAAAUUAAGAAAUGGAGGGGUAUUUGUCGAUAAUAGAUUAAAACGAUUUCGUAUGUUGGAUCCGGAAGAAUUUCAUGAAAUGUUACAAUCAAUGCAUUUAUCUCACCCUGAACAAUCAAAAGCUAUGAACGGUGUUGACACAAUUGGAAUGCAACUUGAAAAUUACUGGUCUCGUAAAUGA